AUGACACCUCCGAUCAAUCAAACGAUUGAAUACGAUCAAAAUCAUUCAUCAGCCACAACAGAACGCAUUGAAGUAAAUCAAGAAGAAUUCGAUUGGGAAUCAUACAUUUCCGCUUAUAAAGGUCGAACAAAGAUUGAUCGAUUGCUGUUCUUGGCAGAAAAAGUGUCUUCUCUACGUCAAACAUGUGCAAAUGCUGCAUUGGAAUUGGUCAAAACAACAACGAAGGAUGUACAAUUGUAUCAUCGAGCAUUAUAUAUCCGUAACACAAAGCCAGAAGCUGGAUCGCCACUACUUCCAAAAGAAGAAAGACAGGAAGUGGACGUGGAAUGGUGUGAGUCAACCGAAAAAGCAAAUCGAGUCGAAUUGGAAAAAUUGGAUUUGGAAUUACGCAAUUACCAAAACAAUUUGAUCAAAGAGAGUAUAAGGAUGGGAUAUCGCGACUUGGGUGAUCAAAUGCGUAGAGUUGGCAGUCUUCAUGACGCAUUCAAGUAUUAUAUCAACACAAGAGAUUAUUGCAGCACAAAUGAGCAUCUGGUGGAAAUGUGCCUAAAUGUGAUCGAAGUUUCGCUGGAGAUGAAGGAGUUUAACGCUCUUGGCGGAUAUGUGAGCAAAGCUGAAGGGUUACUAGAUGAUUAUGAUCCUCAAGCUGCUGCUGCAUCUGCAAAGAGCAAAGCAAGCGGAUCAAGUGCAUCAACGAUGUCUAAAGGUGGAACGACUUCAGGAGCAGACGCAAUCGGUGCUUUAUUCCGAGCAGGAGGAUCUGCAGGAUCUUCUAACGAUCGAUCUCGUGGAGAAUUUCAAAGAGCUUCAGAUAUGCUGCCCAAUCAACGUGAAUCGGAAACACAAGGUAAGCGUCAUAUCCGCGAAAUACGAGCUCGAUUGUACGUUGCUCAGGGUUUAGCGAACAUGUCAUUGGGCCGGUAUGGUCAGGCUGUAGCUAGCUUUUUGGAGGUAGGAGCAGAUGUAGGCAAUGCAUAUGCAUCAAUGGCAUCAAGAAACGAUGUUGCCACGUACAUUGUAUUAUGUGGUAUUGCAAUAUUGGAUCGUAAAGAGCUCAAAGCAAGAGUGAUUGAUCGUCAAGGCAUUCAUUCUAUGCUGGAGGACAACACUCAAGCCCAACAACUACUUGAGUCCUUCUAUGCAUGCGAGUAUAAACGUGCUCUUUCUUUGUUGGACAAGUUACAAACUCGAGCUCUUCUUGAUGUGAUAUUGGCACCCCAUUUCCACACUCUCUCGCGUCACAUCGUUCAAAGAGCUUUACGUCAAUUCGUUCAACCUUUUGAUACCUUGCAAGUCCAUAGAUUAGCAACAUCUUUAGGAUGGUCUGAUGAACAAGGCCGUAUGCGUGCUUUGAACGAGCUUCUGCACCUGAUUCAAUCGGGCGAUAUUGCCGGUAGAUUGGAUCUGCAGAACAAUGUAUUGCUCGUCGACAAAGUGGAUUCCAGACAAGCUCUAUUUGAAGACGCUAUCAAAACUGGUAAUCAUCACAUCAGCACGGCAAAAGGUUUGAUGUUGCGUGUCAGCCUUUUACAAAACGGAUUGAUCGCUAAAGCAUCGCAAGAUAAUAAUAACGAAUCCUAA